AUGGGCUUCUUUCUUCUCCCUCUACUUGUUGCGGCCGUUGGCCAGAUUGGCACGGUCGCUUCGCAGCCCCUUGAGCUUGCUCCACGAGCCGACAACCUAUGCUCUUCAGGUGAUGUCGAAUUCAUCGACCUCGUUAAAGAGAUGUUCACGGGCUUCUCCAUGAGCUACUGCAAGAAUGAUAAGCCUCUGGAGGAACAGACUUGGUCAACCCCCUUGUUCUGGGUGACAAUUUCCUCAUCGGCCGACGGUUGCACUGCACCAGCCGAGAUGCCAGUGGAUGCGUGUCUCGACGCGUUCAAACAAUCCUUCGACGCUUGUGGCGUUGGAUCCAAGAUUUCGGGCACCAACUUUCUUUGGAAUGGGCCAGAUGGAACUUGCCUCAAAUUUACGACGAAGACCGAAGGCAUCGAGAGGUUGGAAACCAAGGUCAGCCACAACGAAGACCUCAACGAGGUUGACAUCGGGGAGGGUCUGUACUCCUGCGAUGACUACAUGAAGCUCUUCGACAAAGCCAAGGACGAGUGCCUGGCGACUGGGUGCGACGUCAAUAGGAAGGCGUGUGACGACCUCACUUGUGUGACCAUUGAUGGCACUGCGAACACGGGCUUGGAGGACAAAUUCAAGAAUUACCUCAACGAUCUGAGGACUUUCAUUGCCGCAACAUGCAAGGCAGAGGCAUACACAGACUCUUUCUGCACCCCCAACGGCGUUUGCAGCUCCAACAAGAAAGUCAAGGUUCAGAUCCCGUCGUUCAUCGGCACCUCUACGUCCAAAAACGAUGACAUCUUUGUUGCGAACUACAAGGUCACGUUCUCUCAAAAGGCACUCAAGGCUGGAUGUGACAUUGUUGCAACCUUGGUCGGUGCAGGUGUUGGUAUUCUACCAUUCGGUAGUCUUCUGGGUUCGACUAACGUUCUCUGCGGCGCCGCAUGA